CGCUAACGGAAGGAGUCAUCUGCGAGGCGCUUAUUUAUCGAUAACCAGGAUCCAUAGGAUGCUCAUGUAGGUAGGUCGGUAUAAAUACCAACGUCACCUGGCAGUCAGGCCGAAUACUACGCGCCUACUUCAGGUAGCUUUGUUGAAACUUGACUUUGCGGGGCAACUUUAAUUUCGAGCUUUAGGGGACCUUCACUUGCUGUUUCCUGCAAUAAAAUCAUACAAUAUCAAACAGAUCGGUCAAUUUCUUCCCUUGGACCUGCCGUCUUUGGUCUCGGAGGAGCUUAGGUUAGACAGACAAUGUGCACUUCAAUUUGACGUUAGCUACUCCAAUCCACAAGAAUUUCCUUUACUGCUGUCUCCCUAACUGCCCCCGAUCGCUUAAUGCCCUUUCGGGUUGCUUCGAAGUCCGCUUAAGUUUGGUGAACAACUCAAAUCGCGGGGGUUAACCUAAUAAGCGGUAAAGUCGAACAACGCCACUCAACGUUGAACAUCAACCUACUUGCGCCUCUUCGCGUGCCUGUUCCCCGUGCCAAAAUGGCCAACUUGGGUCCUAGGAGGCUGACAAAGGAGCUAGCUAAGAUCUCGAAUAGCUUGCCUCCCGGUAUUGCGUUAGUCUCUGCAGAUAACCUUGAAGAGUGGUUUCUCGACAUCCAAGUUCUGGACCAGAAUCCUAUCUAUGCAGGCCAGACAUACCGUCUCAAGUUCAAGUUCAGCACCUCGUAUCCCAUUGAACCCCCCGAGGUGACCUUUGUGAAGCUAGAAACCCGCCCGAUACCCAUGCACCCUCACAUCUACUCCAAUGGAAUCAUAUGUCUCGACUUACUUGGGUCGCAAGGAUGGAGCCCUGUCCAGAACGUGGAGAGCGUAUGCAUGAGCAUCCAGAGCAUGUUGACAGGAAACACCAAGAACGAGCGUCCACCCGGCGACGAAGAAUUUGUACGCGGAAACCGCUUGCGACCUCGAGACAUCGAUUUCUAUUAUCACGAUAACACCGUAUAAAAGCAUUGUGUCUAUCUAUAUUUCCUGGUAGGAUACCAGUGGCGGUUUCACGGCUUGGCGGUUCUCUGACACUCGAAAUACAUCGUUUCACUUGCAUAACUGUUGCCUGGACUAGAUUCGCGAAGCGUUAGGUACCUCUUUAUUGGACACCUAAAGGUAUAGGAGAUUCAUCCAGUCAGGCCGAAUCCUCUGAUGAUAUUAGCAGCAUGAAGCUGAUAGGUAUUGCGUGGAUAGGUAGCAUGCGAUCGUCCAUAUGAGACAUCUACAUUAUACAUAGGAGCAAAGAUUCCUUUACAAUUGGCAUUUUACGACUACAAUAAUGGUCAUUCGUUCUGAGUGAUUAUACCUUGGCUUUGCGAUUCCGAUUAUUACUUGAGCAAAUCGUGACGCCGAGGUCCAUGCAUAACAUUUCGAUAGUCUUCCUAGCAUAAGGGUGUAGCUAGAUGUCGCUUCUUUGUAGAAUUCAAACAAUAUUGCCUUUUUCAGCCAAAUUAAUAUCUUACGACCACGCAGCUAUUCACAAGACAAUGAUAGAUGCAUACGACAAUAAGACAGAUCCUAGCAGUGAUGGCUCAAGUAUGGC